CAAAGACGAAUUUAAAAACACAAAUUUGAUAAAAAUUCACUCUUCCUUUCACAUGAAACUAGCAAGCAAAUAGUGACUAGACAGUGAGUGGGCAUCGCGAAGUGGAAUAUUUGCUGACAAAAAAGAGUGUUUCUAAUAUUAAAAAAAAAACAACCACAAACUCGAAACUUUCAGCACCGUCACCAUGAGCAGGCUGCAAAACACAACCAAAGUCGCUUUACGUAUGAAAAUCAAGGAGACGCUCAGCAAAAUGACGCCCGCAUCUCGUGCCAGCCAAGCAGCGAUUAUCACUGAAAAGAUUCUACAGCUUCCCGUCUACAAACGCAGCCAAAGAAUUAGCAUCUAUUUAAGCACCGAGAGCGAAGUUUCUACCAUUCCGUUGCUGAACGAACUGUUUCAAAAGGAUAAAGAAGUUUUUGUGCCGACGUACAACCGGACCUCAAUGCGGAUGGUGAAAAUCAAUGACUCCGCCGACUACGACAGCUUACCGAAAACCAGCUGGAAUAUUAAACAACCCAACUUCGAGGACCGCAGUCGGGAGGAUUGUUUGGUGUCAACAGCUGGACUCGAUCUGUUUAUCGUACCCGGAGUGGCUUUCACCCGCAGCGGACGUCGUCUUGGUCACGGAGGAGGAUACUAUGACCGCUAUUUACGCGAUUACUUUUCUAAAUUUCCCAGAAGCUCGGACACCGAAACUCGUAGAACCUACCUCGUUGGCGUUGGAUUUCGUGAGCAAAUAUUGGCUGAUGAUGAACUUCCUACAGAUGAGCACGAUUUUACACUGGAUCUGGUUAUCUGGCCAGACGAUAAUAAUUCACCCAAUUAAUUGAUUUAAUAGUAUAGCUUAGUUAUAAAUCAACUUCAACCUACUGUCGGGGAUUUCUUUCAAUCACUUUAAAAUAAAGCAGCAUCGUUGACAUUUUAUUCUUAAAUCUUCAAACUCACAAUUGCGCUUAUUGUUCGGAAUAAAGUUUAUAACUAUCCUAAGUAUUUACAAAUAUUGCCACAUUUCGGCUACAUCGGCAGAAUCGUCUUACAGAAUUUAAUGACUAAAUCACAAUAAGAUUAGCAAUAUAUUAUUCUGCCGCAGCUAGCGGCUGAUUUCUUUCGUUCCUAUCACUGUCUAAAUUGUCGAAAAUAUUUCUCUUCUUGGUAACCCUAAGAUGCGCUCAAAUUGCAUCAAGUGAAUCUCAUCUUUUUUUUCGCCAGUUAUCGACCUAAUUUCAGAAUAAUACAAACUCGAAUGAACUUUCAAUGAUUUUUCACUCAGCUCCCGGGAGAAAAAUUGAAUUAGUUCAGUACAUGCUAUGUACCAAUUCGAAAAGUUUUUUUUAUUGUCAAUUAAAAAUACUGUAAAAAUUGUAACAAAAC